AUGGCCAAGUUUGUCCCGCGGCAGCGCAAGCACAAGGUGCUGGCCCGCGAAAAGGCCAAGGAGAAUGCCGUCACCCCGCUCGACGCCGACACCAACGCCGAGCAGAUCGACCCCGAGGAGAGGCGGCUCAUGCGCGAGAAGAAGGAGCGCAUGAAGAAGGAGCUGCAGGGCGAUGUCAAGGUCAGCGGCAAAAAGGCCAAGCGUCUCGACAAGUACAUCGAGAACAAGCUGCGCAAGGACGAGAACCGCGAGAUCCUCGCCAAGCUGUCGCAGAGCAAGAUUGACACGAACCUGUUUACCAGCUCCAAGACCAUCGGCCAGGGCAAGGAGACGAAGAGGCAGGCCAUCAGCCGUGUCAUGAGGGAGAGAAAGGCCGGUGUCGAAGUGGACGAGGACGGCGACGAGAUUCUGUUCGAGAGGCCGCGGCAGCAGGACUCUUCGAACGAGGCUCUAGGCUUCAAGCCGGCAAGCGAGUCGACCCAAAUACUCGACGUUCCCCGGCCAGACAAUUUCACCCCACGCGCUGCCGACCAAGAGCCGCUGCCAGAGGAGCUUCAGCCCUCGGUCAACCUCACCCGCAAAGCCUUUGGCGUGACCGUGACAAGAACGCCCGAGAUUCAGGAAGCUCGUCUCAAACUCCCCGUCGUGGGCGAGGAGCAGAGGAUUAUGGAGGCCAUUCACAACCACGACAUCAUCGUCGUGUGCGGUUCCACCGGUUCCGGAAAGACGACACAAGUACCUCAAUUUCUCUACGAAGCAGGCUACGGCUCGCCCGACUCCCCGACGUCGGGCAUGAUUGGUGUGACGCAGCCGCGUCGAGUAGCCGCUGUUAGCAUGUCAAAACGCGUGGCCGAGGAGAUGGGCGAUCACUCUGAGCGUGUCGCCUACCAGAUUCGCUUCGAGGGCACGACGAGCGCCAAGACGGCCAUCAAAUUCAUGACGGAUGGUGUGUUGCUCCGAGAGAUCGCGCAGGAUUUCUCGUUGAAGAAGUACUCGGCCAUCAUCAUCGAUGAGGCGCACGAAAGGAGCGUCAACACGGACAUCCUGAUUGGCAUGCUCAGCCGCAUCAACAACGUCCGCCAGGAGGACCAGAAUGGUUCAUCGCCACUGAAGCCUCUCAAGAUCAUCAUCAUGUCGGCUACCCUCAGGGUCGAGGACAUGACGCAAAACUCCCAGCUAUUUGCAACGCCGCCGCCUGUCGUCGAGGUCGAGGGUAGACAGCACCCUGUCACAAUCCACUUCGCCCGCAGGACACGACCAGACUACGUUGACGAACUGUACAACAAGAUCAGCCGGGGUCACAAGAAGCUGCCUCCUGGAGGUUUCCUCGUGUUUCUGACGGGCCAGAAUGAGAUCGUGCAGCUGAGCAAGAGGUUGGAGGCAGCUUUUGGUGGUCUGACCUCGGCGAGCGGCCCCAAGGUGCAGAUCUCCGCGAGCGAGGCGCCGAUGGAGGUUGAGGAUAUUGAAUUUGGUGACGUUGACGACUUUGACGCUGGAGAGAUUGACGAUGAGAUUUCAGACGGCGAGGGCGACGAGGACGAAGACGAAGAGUUCAAAAUUGAGGAGGAGGGUGAGACGGGCCCCUUGAAGAUGCAGGUGCUGCCACUCUACUCUCUCCUGCCAACGCGCGAACAGAUGCGUGUCUUCAAGGAGCCGCCAGAGGGCACGCGACAGGUCAUUCUCGCAACCAACGUUGCCGAGACGAGUCUUACGAUUCCUGGAACGAGGUACGUCUUCGAUUGUGGCCGCUCCAAGGAACGCCAAUACGACGAGGUCAGCGGUGUCCAGACGUACGCCAUCGGAUGGGUCAGCAAAGCCAGCGCAAACCAGCGAUCUGGUCGCGCUGGUCGUACGGGGCCCGGUCACUGCUACCGCCUGUACUCGUCGGCAGUGUAUGAGAGGGAUUUGCCUCAGUUCUCUGAGCCUGAGCUCUUGCGCAUGCCCAUUGAUGGCGUCGUGUUGCAGCUCAAGUCCAUGAAUCUCUCCAACGUAGUCAACUUUCCCUUCCCGACACCCCCUGACCGAGCAAGCCUCCGCAAGGCAGAAAGGCUCCUCCACUACCUGUCAGCCAUCUCGACCGAAGGCCAGGUGACGCGCAUCGGCUCGACCAUGUCCAUCUUUCCGCUGUCGCCGCGCUUCGCUCGCAUCCUCCUUGUCGGCCACCAGCACGACUGUCUCCAGUACACCAUCGCGCUCGUGGCAGCGCUGUCGGCGGCCGAGGUCUUCAUCCCCGAGAACCAGGCGAUCCCCUCACUCGAGGCAACAGAAGACCACGCGCUGCGCACCAACGCCGUCGUCGCGGCCGAGGACCGCCAGGCCACGAUCCGGCGUGCGUUCAACGGCGUGCAGCGAAACUUUUGCUCGCUCGACGACAAGUCGGACGCCAUCAAGCUGCUGCAGGUCGUCGGCGAGUACGCGCACGAGCCGACCGAGGCGUGGUGCGAGAGCCACUUUGUGCGGUACAAGGUGCUCAAGGAGAUCCAGCAACUGCGCCAGCAGAUUGUCGAGCUGCUGCGCACCAACGUGCCGUCGUUCCAGAACCUGCGGUUCCAGGACCGCCUCGACCGCCCCACGGACAGGCAGGUCGCCUACCUCAAGCAGAUGGUGGCCGCCGGCUUCAUCGACCAGGUGGCCAUCCGCGCCGACAAAUCGCCCACGCCGCCAGAGAACGCGCGCAAGCCCCGCCGCGCCAUCGACGUGCCGUACCUGCCGCUCGUGCCGCUCGGCGUCGGCGCCGACGUUGAAAAGUUUGUCUACCUCCACCCUUCGUCGCCCCUAGCGCAUAUGAGCCCCCAGGAACUGCCUGAGUACGUCGUCUACGCGUACCUGCAGCGCGCGACGCAGGGGGUCGACCCGACCAAGACGCCCAAGACGAGGAUGCACGCGCUCACGGACGUGACGGGCGGCCAGCUCGCCGGGCUGGCCAAGGGCACGCCGCUGCUGACGUACGGCAAGCCGGUUAAGGAGGUCAGGGCCACGGCCACCGAGAGGGAGGUUUGGGUCGUGCCAUACCUCAGGGCCGAGGGCGUCGGGGGCAGCGGCUGGCCUCUGCCGAUGAAGAAGGUGAUUGAGAAGAGGGAGGUUGGCAAGGGCUGGGUGGUGCAGUAG